AUGGCGUCGGAAGCUUCGACACCUUGGCUCUCCCAGUCUUCCUCUAUGGGAAGGAAGGGUCGGCCCUGGGGAGCUGCUGAGAUUCAGUGCGUUCGAUGUGGAAGAAGGGUGACCAGAGCCUCCGGUCAGCACCAUGAACUUCAAUGUGGACAUGAUUUUUGUGAACUGUGCUUAUUAGUAACUGAAGAAUACAGCAAAAUUAUAUGCCCUGCUUGUGAGUUUACUACAACUAUAAAUACGAGACAAGGAUAUUAUCCAUUAGAUGGAUGUGUUCAAGAAGAUUCUUUUAUGGAAAAACUGCAGGCUAAAAAGCUAAAGAAUUGUUCUCAAGACUUUAAAAAGACUGCUGAUCAGCAAACUACUGGUUUAGAACAUUCACCAUCCACACACAGGACUGUUUUGAACUCAUCAGCGGUAAUGGCGGAGACUAAAACUGCAGAAGAAAUUGAUGAAGCAUUGAAGAUAGCAGGCAAUAAUUUUGAGCAAUUAAGUAUUGCUGUGAAAAGGCUUGAACACAUACACGAUCAAACACAAGCGGAUUCAGUCAGUCUUUUAGAGGUUCUGCAGAAACAGUUUGAUCGACUUUUUACUUCUCUUGAUUCCAGGAAAAAGAAGUUGUGUGAAGAAGUAGUAAAAAAUACCAAUGAUUAUUUAUCAAAUGUGAUAAUGGCUAAAAACCGCCUUGAAGAGAAAAAAAAAGAUUUGGAUGCAACUAUGAAGAUAGCAAGAGAGUUAAAAUCAGCACCUUCUCUAAGGACUUAUUGUGACCUAAAUCAGAUUAUCCGGACUUUGAAGUUAACAUUUGAGAGUGAAUUGUCACAAGUUAGCACUCUGAAACUAAGGAACUCUCCCAGGUUGAAUAUGAAUUGCAGUGAGAUCAUCUGUAUGUUCAACAGUAUGGUCCAGAUUAAAUCUGAGGACUCAAGAAAAUAUGAUCCCCCUGCAAAUGAAAUUGGCCAGAAUGUUCAAAAGAAAUACAAUCAUGAAAAGGAAUUUUCUUGUCAUGAUACAUACCCAUCACCAGAAGAGAAAAAGGUUGACAUGUCUGUGCUAACUAAUGAAGCCGCACCACCUCCUUUACAACUGGAAACCAAUGAUGUGCAUUUAGAAGCAAAAAGCUUCCAGCCACAGAAAGAGACUACUGCAACAACAUCUUCUAAAACCAUUGCUGCUCUGCCUCAAAUGGGUUCUAGCCCUGAUGUGAUCAUUGAAGAAAUUAUUGAAGAAAACCUGGAAAGUCCUCCAGAGCUAGUUUUUGUAAGUCAUGUAAUACAUCCUUGUCACUUCUACAUCCGGAGGUAUUCACACAUAAAAAAUGCAACAGAAUUGGAAAAGAAGGUGAAUCAGUUUUGCAGUGAAAGCGUACACCUUCAUCCUGCAGACAUUUUGGAGCUAGGUGCAGCAGUAUUCGUCAACAGUGUUGAAAAUGGAAUCUGGUGUCGAGGAAUUAUCACUAAAUUAAUUCCAAUAGAAACUGAAAAUAUUAGAAAACUUUGUAGUCCAACCAAAUUCUCACUCCAUGAAGUUGCACUAAUACAAAUAUUCAUGGUAGAUUUUGGAAACUCUGAAGUGCUAAUCGUUGAGGGAGUUGGUGAUACCCAUGUGAGAGCAGAACAUAGUACUGAGCAGUGUGUAGUACUAAGUGACUUAUGUCUGGUUCUGAGGAAGUCGGAACCAUAUAUUGAAAGACUGCUGGAAGACACCCAGCCAUUAGCACAGCGAUGCUCAUUGAAGGACAUUGUUCCACAGAAUUCAAAUGAAGGCUGGGGAGAAGAAGCUAAAGUAGAAUUUUUGAAAAUGGUAAAUAACAAGGCUGUUUUAAUGAAAGUUUUUAGAGAAGAAGAUGGUGUGCUUAUUGUAGACCUGCAGAAACCACCAACAAAUAAAAUAAGCAGUGAUAUGCCUGUGUCUCUUAGAGAUGCGUUAGUGUUUAUGGAACUGGCAAGGUUUAGGUCACAAUUACCAAGAAGUCACUCUGGAAAAAAUAUGACUUUACACUAUCACCCACCUGUUUUGCCUAAAGAAAUGACAGAUGUUUCAGUCAUGGUUUGUCAUAUAAACAGUCCUACUGAUUUCUAUCUUCAGUUGAUAGAGAGCCUGGAUUUUUUACUUCUAUUAAAGACAAUUGAUGAUUUCUAUAAAAGUAAAGAUGGGGAAAAUCUGGAAAUCCUCUGUCCUGUUGAAGAUCAAGCCUGUGUAGCCAAAUUUGAAGAUGGAGUUUGGUACCGAGCAAAAGUCAUUGGAUUGCCUGGACAUCGUGAAGUUGAAGUUAAAUAUGUGGACUUUGGCAAUACUGCAAAAGUAACACUUAAAGAAAUGCGUAAAAUAAAGGAUGAGUUCCUGAAUCCCCCAGAGAAGGCAAUUAAAUGUAAACUGGCCUAUAUUGAACCAUGCAAAAAGACAAUGCAAUGGCCCCAAAAGGCUAAAGAAAAAUUUGAAGAAAAGACUCAAGAUAAAUUUAUGACAUGUUCAGUCAUUAAAAUUCUGGAAGAUAAUGUGCUCUUAAUUGAGCUUUUUGAUUCUCUUGGUGCUCCUGGAAUGAUUCCUACCAGUAUUAAUUACCAGCUCGUGAAAGAGGGCCUAGCAUCUUAUGAAGCAGGAUAUACUAUCAAAGAUAAUGCCAAAAAGCAUAUUGAAGUAUGGGAUCCUUCUCCAGAAGAAAUUAUUUCAAAUGAAGUAAACAGCUUAAAUUCUGUGUCUGCAAAAUCUCUACCUAAUGAGAAUCUCCAAUCACUUUACAAUAGGGAACUGCCUGUGCAUAUCUGUAAUGUAGUAUCUCCUGAGAAGAUUUAUGUUCAGUGGUUAUUAACAGAAAACUUACUUAAUAGUUUACAAGAAAACAUGGUAGCUGCUUAUGAAAACUCAAAAUGUGAACCUGUUAUAUGGGAAAAUGAUAUGCACUGUGCUGUGAAGAUGCCAGAUAACAAUGAGUGGCGAAGAGGCCAGAUUAUCAGGAUGGUUACAGACACACUGGUAGAGGUCUUGCUGUAUGACGUGGGUGCUGAAGUAGUAGUGAAUAUUAACUGCUUAAGAGAACUUCAAGAAAACCUAAAGACAAUGGGAAGAUUAUCUUUGGAAUGCUGUCUUGUUGACAUAAGACCAACUGGUGGGAGUGACAAGUGGACAGCGACAGCUUGUGACUGUCUUUCGUUGUACCUAACUGGAGCUGUAGCAACUAUAAUCUUACAGGUGUGUGAUGGGGAAAACACCACAACAUGGCCACUACCUGUGAAAAUUUUCUGCAGAGAUGAAAAAGGAGAGCGCGUUGAUGUCUCUAAAUAUUUGAUUAAAAAGGGUUUGGCUUUGAGAGAAAGGAGAAUUAAUAAAUUAUAUAACAGCCAUUCAUUUUCUGAGAAGUUUCAAGAAAUCCCCCUGGAACAAGAAGAUUCAGUGGUUACUAAAUGUACUAAAAUUAAUUUUAGCCCUGACAAAAAAGCUGCUGAUAUUACCAGUGAGCACCGGGUGUCUGAAUUUAAGGAGAAAGUUCUAGAACCAAGAACCACUGGAUGCUAUAAACCACCAGUUAUUCCUAACAUGAAAGAAUUUGAGGCAAUAGUCAGCUGUGUUGGUGAUGAUGGAACUGUAUUUGUGGUACCUAAAUUAGCAGAAUUUGAGCUAAUAAAAAUGAUGAAUGAAAUUCAAAGUAAUUUAAAAUGCCUUGGUCUUUUGGAGCCUUAUUUCUGGAAAAAGGGAGAGGCUUGUGCAGUAAGAGGAUCAGACACCCUGUGGUACAGAGGCGAGGUAAUGGAGCUCGGCGGUGGCACCAUCAGGGUACAAUACUUAGAUCAUGGAUUCACUGAGAAAAUUCCACAGUGUCAUCUCUACCCUAUUUUGCUAUAUCCUGAUACACCCCAAUUUUGUAUUCCUUGUGAGCUCUAUAAUACCGUACCUGUUGGGAAUGUCUGGCAAGCAGAUGCCGUGGAACUCCUUCAGGAGCUGCUUUCGAAGAGAGACGUGGAAAUUCACGUCAUGAAAUUACCUGAAAAUCCAUGGGGGAAAUUAUCUGUUCAUCUCUACUUUGAUGGAAUGUCACUUUCCUAUUUUAUGGCACACCAUAAAUACUGUACUUUUGAACAUUCUGAGGAGAUAUUGAAAGAAAAACCAACAGAUUACAGUAACAAGUAUGAGGAGGAAAGAUGGGAAAUAAGGUUUGAGGAAUUGCUUUUGUCUGAAACAGAGACCCCUAUUUUACCACCAUAUCUGUCUUCAUCUCUGCCUCCCCCAGAAGAACUCUAUGCUGUUCAAGUUAAGCACGUGGUCUCACCUAAUGAGGUGUAUAUUUGCCUUGAUUCUGUAGAAAAUAUGUGUAACCAGCAUAGUGACACAGACAACAGUGGAGUCAGCUGGGAGUCUGAAUCUGAGAGCCUCAACGAAGCCCUGCGGAGGUUCAGUACAAAUGUGAAAACCUUCAUGCCCCUGACGGACUUUAGAACAGAAAUGCCUUGCCUUGCAGAAUAUGAUGAUGGCUUAUGGUACAGAGCAAAGAUUGUCUCCAUUAAAGAAUUCAGUCCUUUAGCUGUCCUCGUACAAUUUGUUGAUUACGGAUCGACUGAAAAGCUGACAAUAAACAGACUACAUCAAAUUCCUCCUCACCUUAUGCAGUAUCCAGCCCGAGCCAUAAAGGUUCUGUUGGCGGGGUUCAAACCCCCCUUACGAGACCGUGGAAAGACAAGGAUACCGUACUGCCCCGAAUGGAGCAUGGAGGCGCUGUGGGCACUGAUCGACUGUCUGCAGGGGAAGCAGCUCUAUGCUUCUACCAUGGCACAAGCUCCAGAACAAAUAGUGACAUUAUACGAAGAUGAACAGUAUCCAGUUCAUAUGUCGUUAAUAGAAAUGGGGCUCGCAGACCGAGAUGAGUGAUGUAAGUAUGACUUCUUGGGUCACCAUUCGAGUCAGCAUAAGGCACAUAACUAAUACAAGCAGAUAUUAAUGCUAAAUUGCCCAGAAAAGGCGCCUUUAGAGUUUCCUUGAUUUCUCGAAGGAAUGACAAGGCUCAACAAGCCUCUCUCCUAGAUUUCUUCUUCAUAGGCCCUUGUCACCUACUGAGUAUCAGAGGCUCCCAUGUGUGAGAAUGCUUGGCCUGGCUCACGACUGUAUGUAGUACAGGUGACCAUGGGGUGGAGCAGAGGUGGUGCCAGCACUGGGCCCCAUGGCUGGAGGCCAGUGUCCCAGUCAGUCACUCGGGGACUUGGGUAACCAGCUCACUCUUUGUCCACUCACAUCAAGUCACAGGCUUCAUUCACUAACUAGAUUUGAACAUUAACAUUAAACAGAAGUUUAAAAUAACACUUUUUGUUUUUCAUUGUAUACACAGCUUGGCAUCUAGAAGGCCAGAAGCACGUUUUCUGUUGUAUGCAGACUUUCGGGCUGAUUUUUCUUGACUUGUUCUGCAGUAAUGCUGGCCCCCUUUUUGUUCCUUGCAUGUUAGGAAUUGUUUG